AUGGCGGCCCUUCCCGGCACUGUACCGAGGAUGAUGCGGCCGGCUCCCGGGCAGAACUAUCCCCGCACGGGAUUUCCUCUGGAAGUGUCCACCCCACUUGGCCAAGGCCGGGUCAAUCAGCUUGGUGGGGUCUUCAUCAACGGGCGACCCCUUCCUAACCACAUCCGCCACAAGAUAGUAGAGAUGGCCCACCAUGGCAUCCGGCCCUGUGUCAUCUCCCGCCAGCUGCGUGUCUCCCAUGGCUGCGUCUCCAAGAUUCUCUGCCGCUACCAGGAGACCGGGUCCAUCCGGCCUGGGGCCAUUGGCGGCAGCAAACCCAGACAGGUGGCGACUCCGGAUGUGGAGAAAAAGAUAGAGGAAUACAAGAGGGAAAACCCAGGCAUGUUCAGCUGGGAGAUCCGAGACCGGCUGCUGAAGGAUGGGCACUGUGACCGCAGCACCGUGCCCUCAGGUUUAGUGAGUUCGAUUAGCCGCGUGCUCAGAAUCAAGUUCGGGAAGAAGGAGGAGGAAGACGAAGCAGACAAGAAGGAGGACGACGGCGAGAAGAAAGCCAAGCACAGCAUCGACGGCAUCUUGGGCGACAAAGGCAACCGUCUGGAUGAGGGCUCGGACGUGGAGUCAGAACCCGACCUCCCUCUGAAACGUAAGCAGCGCCGCAGUCGGACCACGUUCACAGCCGAGCAGCUGGAGGAGCUGGAAAAGGCCUUCGAGAGGACUCACUACCCGGACAUCUACACCCGGGAGGAGCUGGCGCAGAGGACCAAGCUGACGGAGGCACGGGUGCAGGUCUGGUUCAGUAACCGCCGUGCCCGCUGGCGUAAACAGGCAGGAGCCAACCAGCUGGCAGCAUUCAACCACCUUCUGCCAGGAGGCUUCCCGCCCACCGGCAUGCCCACGCUGCCCCCCUACCAGCUGCCAGACUCCACCUACCCCACCACCACCAUCUCCCAAGAUGGGGGCAGCACCGUGCACCGGCCCCAGCCCCUCCCGCCGUCCACCAUGCACCAGGGGGGCCUGGCUGCGGCCGCUGCAGCCGCGGACACCAGCUCUGCUUACGGAGCUCGCCACAGCUUCACCAGCUACUCUGAGAGCUUCAUGAAUCCGGCAGCGCCCUCCAACCACAUGAACCCUGUCAGCAAUGGCCUGUCUCCUCAGGUGAUGAGCAUUCUGAGCAACCCCAGUGCGGUACCACCGCAGCCCCAGGCCGACUUCUCCAUCUCUCCGCUGCACGGCGGCCUGGACUCUGCCACCUCCAUCGCGGCCAGCUGCAGCCAGCGGGCUGACUCCAUCAAGCCGGGAGACAGCCUGCCCACCUCCCAGUCCUACUGCCCGCCCACCUACAGCACCCCCGGCUACAGCGUGGACCCCGUGGCUGGCUACCAGUACGGCCAGUAUGGCCAGACUGCUGUUGAUUACCUGGCCAAAAACGUGAGCCUCUCCACACAGCGUCGCAUGAAGCUCGGGGAGCACUCGGCUGUGCUGGGACUCCUGCCUGUGGAAACUGGCCAGGCCUACUAG